AUGCCACCGCGCAGGGCAAAGGCUGCGGCAGCCGCGGGCGAGCCCCAUCAGCCACUCCCGACCGAGUCCAACCACAUCGACACCCAACCGGCUGCCGUCGAGGUGACUGUCACGCCGGCAAGGCGGUCCGGCAACAGCGCCUCGGCCACCGACCAAAGGCAGCGAUCCCAGACGCCCCUCCGGACCCCUGUCAGCGCGCUCAAGUCUUCCGCGACGAGCAGCAGGGCCACGCCCUCGGCGGCGAGGCGAUCAUUCACCAUUGCCGUCCAAGACACUCCGGGCUUGCUAUCCCGCAGUCAGAGCCCGGCAAUGGCGAGCGCCGAUGAAGGGAGCAUCGCAAGCACCGACAGCCCGCUGAGGCGCAGCGGCAGGGCCAAGAAGCGCAUCCGUUACGACCUUGACGUGCCAGACGACCAAACGGCAGAGGACGGCGACGCCUUUGUCCCUCCGCACGAUGAGGAUGCAGAUCAAUACGGCGACGGCGACGGCGAUGACGAUGCCGAUGCAAGUCCAUUUGAAGACCUCGACGACGACGAUGAUGCCGGCGGCAACGGCAAUAGCAGACGCCGCACGCCGGCGAAGCGGACUCCGACCGCCAGGAAACCCCGUGCCUCAUCGACCCCUGCCAAGGCCAAGGCCAAGGCCACCCCGACCAAGGCUGCGCUCGACGACGAUGCCGACGACGCCGACGAUCGGGGCUCGCUGCGCUCCUACUCCUACCUUGGCACCAACGCCGAGCACAAGGCCAGGUGGCAGAGCACGGCGAGCAAACAGAGGGCCUACAGCUACAGCCAGAUGUGGCCCCUCUACCAGCCCCCGGACCUGCAGACCGCCGAGUCGGGAAAGGCGUACAAUCUCGAGGACAACGAGGACGAGCCGGAGCAGGGCGAUCAGGACGACGCGCGCCCCGGCAUAACUUGGCCGCAGGACGGGCUGGCCAGGACCCGGCUGCAGGCGAUGCCCUCGCUGCCCCACCGCCGGUUCCGCGUCCAGUACUGGUCGGCCAUCUGCGGCCUGAUCCCCGCCCUGCUGCUCCACGACAUGAUGUGGUGGCCGGGGAAGGGUUACGGAUACAAGGAAGAACGGAACCGGGCCCGCUGGGCGCAAGAGAAGCGGCAGUCGGGCCAACACAGCGACGAGGCCAGGGUCGGCUGGCCGUUCCUCCACCCCUGCCUCGACGCCGCGUCCGUCAAGCUGCUGACCAACGACGAGGCCAGCGCCUUUGGUCCAGGUGCCAGGACGGCCUCCGACUCGCAGCGGCACCCCCUCGCGCACCCGAUCCACAUUAGCGGUUCGGCAGCCCCUCGAGCCGACCCGCAGACCCCCGGCAAGCGCAAGAAGGGUGCCGGCAAGGCCGUAUCCGCUCGCACUAGCCCGGACGCCGACGACGCCGAUGCAGAUCCGGCCAGCGAAGCCGAGAGCGUCGCCGACGAGGCGGACGCCGAGGGCAGCGGCGGCCACAAGGUCGACAUCGACCUCGCCGACCCCAAGUUCCGGGAUUUGCAGAACCUUGGGCUCAUGGAGCGAUCCCAGGAUCCGUCCGAGUCGCUGCGGGUGUGGCUCGGCCCUCACAGCGGGCAGCAGCAGGUCUCGCUCCUGCCGGGCACAUCGACGCGGCUGGGCAACUACCUCGAGGGCAACGAGGGCCACAUUCUCAACGCAGGUGGACACGUCUACGCGCUGGACUGGGUGCCGGUGCCCAUCCACCUCGACCGGGGCAAGGAGUACGUCGCCGUGUCCGCUUCGCUCUCGCCGCGGCCGCUGACGUUCCUUGGGGCCAAGGGGCCGCGCCCGAUGCCUGGUCGCAUCCAGAUCUGGAGCGUCUGUCCCGACAGUCGUGCCGAGGACGGCGCGGCUCGCAAGGGGCAGGCUGCGUUGGAGAUGAGCCUCUGCGUCGAUAGCGGGUCGGCGUUCCAGCUGGCGUGGUGUCCCGCCGGCCACGACUACCGCGAGGCUGCGAGCACUGCGAGCGGCGCCGAUGAGGUCGAAGAUGGCGGCGCUGAUGAGCCGACCGCGAUCCGAAGGCUCGGUCUGCUGGCGGGCGUUUUUGAAGACGGCACCGCGUCCAUCUUUGCUCCACCGCACCCGGACGACGUGCGAUGGUGCCAUCGCCCGCAGCAGGGAAGCAAGGGAAAGGCGAGGGCCGACGAAGGCGCGUCGAUGUCCAUCAAGCUAGAUCCUGUGGUGCGGCUGGAGCUCAAGUCGACGGCCGUCACCGCGCUCGACUGGGCCGGCGGCGAGCGGCUGGCGGUGGGCUGCGCCAACGGCUACAUCGCCGUCUACGCCAUCGGCGAUGCGCUCCGCUCGGGCAACACGACCGGGCUGCGGCCGAUGUACUACGCCUCGACCCACGCGUGCGCCAUCACGUCGCUCUCGUGGUUCAUGGCGCCCCCUAUCGACGCCGAUGGCAUGCUGGACGUCCUGGCGCCGCCACACCUCAUCUUUUCCGUCGGCCUCGACGGCAACGUGACGCUGUCCGACAUGCUCAGCGGCAGCGUGGCCGUCAGCGAGCACCAGCGGCACGUCCACGGCUGCAGCGCCUUUAUGCCCUUUCUCCAGAACCUCGCCAAUGAGAAUGGCGAGUCGGCCGCGGCCAUGUUUGGCAUGCGGCCCGAUGAGGCCGGACGGCAGAGGGGCAUCGCGGCGGUAGCGACCCGCGUCACGGCGCUGGGCACGAGCGCGUAUCACCCCGUCGUCGCCGUUGGCAGUGCGGCGGGCGAGGUCAAGCUGAGCAACGCGCUCCGGGCCAGCAGGCGCAGCGGCAACGUCAAAGGACAUACCGUCAGGGCCCAAACGCCGCUGUACCGUCUCGCGACCAACCGAAAGACGGGCGAGCUCAAGAUGCACGACAACCUCGUCGUCGAGGCAACGACGACAAAGGAGGACCGGCAGGACAAGGCCUAUUCCUCGCCGCCCGAGAUUGGCAUCACGGCGGCGUGCUGGAACCCUAAUAUCGGCAGGGCCCUCUUCCUCGCCACGGGCACCGGUUGCGGGCUGGUGAGGCUUGAUUGGGCCGAGAAUCGACUCAAGACCAAGGCGGCAUCGGCGACGGCGACGAAGACGAAGACUGCGGCUGCGACGGAGGCCGGAUGA